UGUACCUCGCGCCCUCCGCGAAGUCCGCACCAAGUGUACAAAACUGGACCACAGAGAACCAGAAAAAACACUCCAAUAAGCACGGAGCGUUACCGAGAACAGAAAACUACCAAGGGAAGGGGGAUAGGAGAAUUCCGAGGGCGAACGACCGGUGGAGAUACACAACAAAUACCGAGCUGACGAUGAGUCGCAGCAUCGUAAGACAGAGUAAGUUCCGGCACGUCUUCGGUCAGGCUGGGAAGACGGAGCAGGGCUACGAUGACAUACGCGUUUCCAAGGUGACGUGGGACAGCUCGUUCUGUGCCGUCAACCCAAAGUUCCUGGCCGUCAUUGUGGAGUCCAGCGGGGGCGGAGCCUUCCUCGUCUUGCCCCUCUCUAAGAUGGGUCGUCUGGAUAAGAACCACCCGUUGGUGACUGGCCAUGCUGGGCCUGUCCUGGACAUCGACUGGUGCCCUCACAACGACAACAUCCUGGCAUCCUGCUCAGAGGACACCACCGCCAUGGUGUGGCAGAUCCCUGAUCAGAUGGGGACCCGGCCCAUAUCAGAGCCCAUCGUGGUCCUGGAGGGACACUCCAAACGCGUCGGCAUUGUCACCUGGCACCCCACUGCACGCAACAUACUACUCACUGCAGGCAGUGAUAACCUGAUAAUAAUCUGGAACGUGGGAACUGGCGAGGCGCUCAUCUCCAUGGACGACCACCCAGACCUCAUCUACAACGUCAGCUGGAACCGUAACGGCAGCCUGUUCUGCACCACCUGUAAGGACCGACGCCUCCGCGUAUGUGACCCCCGCAAGAGAGAGGUGGUCGCGGAGAGGAUGGCUCCACACGAGGGGAUCCGACCAAUGAGGGCCAUCUUUACCAGAGACGGAAACCUGUUCACUACCGGCUUCACCAGGAUGAGCCAGAGAGAGCUGGGCCUGUGGGACCCGACACAUUUUGAGGAGCCUAUUGCACUGCUGGAGUUGGACACAAGUAACGGUGUGUUGUUACCUUACUACGACCCAGACACCAACAUGGUUUACCUCUGUGGAAAGGGGGACAGUAGUAUACGGUACUUUGAGAUAACAGAGGAGCCUCCCUAUGUCCACUACCUCAGUACCUUCAGCAGCAAGGAGCCUCAGAGGGGGAUGGGCUUCAUGCCUAAGAGAGGGGUGGACGUCAGCAAGUGUGAGAUCGCCAGGUUAUAUAAGCUCCAUGACAAGAAGUGUGAGCCCAUCGCCAUGACAGUGCCUAGAAAGUCGGACCUGUUUCAGGAUGACCUGUACCCAGACACGGCGGGUCCCGACCCGGCCCUGGAGCCAGAGGAGUGGCUGGAGGGGCGAGAUGAGGACCCCAUCCUCCAGUCCUUGAGAGAUGGCUAUGUUCCCCCCAAGAGCCGUGAGCUAAAAGUGGCCAAGAAGAACGUUCUGGACUCCAGACCCACCACCAGACGCAGCAUGUCCUCCUGCGACGGCUCAGCCAACCUGCCUCCUCAGUUGGUAGAGCGGUUGUUGGAAGAAGUUCAGAAUCUCAAGGCGACAGUUCUGUCUCAGGAGAAGAGAAUCUGUGACCUGGAGAAUAAACUCUCCAAGUACACCAACGGCACAGCCUAACACACACACACACCACGACAACACACUAACAGCCCACACACACAGAUCAACAAUGCCACCAUCCACAUACACCACCACACCCCUACACCCACUGCACAAUAGCUUUACUGCCCUUAUAUACACAGCCAGGCCAAGAUUCAAUCAAAGGUGUUAGCAUCAAGCACAUUGCACUUGACUUUUAAAGGUAUUUUACGAUUGAGCUGAAAUCCGCUGUGUAAACCAUGAAUGUGAUCUCCGCGAACGACUGGGAAAUAGUCUUUAAAAGGCUCAUUGUCGGUAGUGUAGUUCGCAGCUCUGCAACCUGCCUUUGAAUAAAUCCUACCCUAACAACCCCAAUAACCCCUAACUUCAAACACAUAUAACCCCCCAACCAACCAAUGCUCAGUACCUAGAGAGAGAGAUGUCAGUUAAAAAUAAUGUAUGAGUAGGGUUGUGAGAGAGUGAGUUGUUAGUAGGGUUGCAAACUCUCCACCCAGGAUUUCUGGAAAACUUCUACAUUUUGUGAAAGUUACCGCAAUUUUGCAACCCUAGUUGUGAGUUUGUUUUUCCGUACAGUUUAAAAGAUUAUUGCAGGUCUGGUUGAAGAGGUUUCUGUGGAUAGGUUUUGGCAUAUUCACUCACAUGCACGCACACAUGCACUGUCCCCAUCCCGAUCCAUCCAUCACCGACCAACACUCAGUAAUAACCAUCCCUGGAUCUCAGUCAACCUUCUCAAAAUGUAAAUAGUGCGACAAAGCAAAAAAGGCAACAACAAAAAAACGUUUAAAAAAUAUGUGAAAUGUGAAAACCAAAAAAAUCGAAGAAGAGUUUUGUGUGUUCUGUAAAUGAUUAUACAUGAGACACGUGAUGACAUCAAUAAAAACAAUCUUUUUUUUUUAAA